GGAGACAAGAAGGAGAUGGCAGCGAUAACAGCGGCGGUGGUGGCGAUCGCCGCAGUGAUUCUUGGCUGGAUCACCAUCGAGAUCGCCUGCAAGCCUUGUCUGGAAAAGGGCCGCGAGGUCAUCGAUCGUUCCCUCGACCCUAAUUACGACCCCGACUCCCCCCGCCUCCCAGCCGCCGGUCAGCCCCUUCUCGAUCCUGCAACGUCCUCCGCUUCUCCCGUCACCAAAGUCAUCUGAGACCUUCACCUUCGGCGUUUGACCCGGGACUCUAUAUUUACAGAAAAAGAUGGUAGGGUUUUAACCUUUUCAUUUUCUAUCUCUCUUUUUUUUGUGUGUGUUUAUGGGGCUCUUUUAAACCCUUUUGAGGCCGGGUUUAUGGAUUGAUUUGAAGGAAAUGAGAUGAAGCCAUGGUAUCUUGAUUUGAGAUUUUCAGAUUUGUUUUCAUUCUCCCCAGAUGCAAAUAGUGGGUUCAUAUGUAUAUGAGAUUGUGCUAUUAAAUCAACUGAUCUAUGAAAUUGUCUGUGCUAUAUGUUGUGA